AUGUUCGUCUAUUACAGUGAAUACGUGCAAAGUGAAAGUGGAUCCGCUACUCCAUCAACGGCCCUUCCCCUCAAACACGUAUCAAUCGGUUUCCGAAAACGGACUCCGGUACAAAUGUUAGCAGCCGCUAGCUGGGUGGUACGCAGAGCUGUAGCAAGCUCGUACGAAAAGACCAAGCUGCUGGACGACAACAGGCACCCGCUGUUUAUUUACGAUCCCAUU